GCUGUUGAUGAUACAAAGCUAGGUGGGAAAGUGAACGAUGAGGAGUAUGUGAAAAGUUUGCAGAAGGUUGUAGAGAGGUUAACUAAGUGGGUGGGAAGGUGACAGAUGGAGUACAAUGUGGGGAAAAUGAAAGGUUAUUUUCUUGGUUGGAAGAACGAAGACUAAAAUUCUGACAAUCAAGCAAUUAUCAGUGUUCAGGGUGAUCUCAGUGUGCUCAUUCAUGGACCAAAGUAAACAUGGAGGUAUAGCAAAGAAUUUAUGAAGGCAAAUGGUAGGAUGACAUUCAUUGGAAGGAUGUUGGAAUACAAGAGGAAGAAAGUCUUGUCCAUACCUAGAGUAACAUUGACAAUUACAGCAGGACUUCAGUUUUGAUCUCUCUACCUGAGAAAGGCUGUGCUUAGAGUUUAGAUUUCAUUCCUUGGAUGAGGCCUUUUCCUGGGAGGAGAGUGAGAAAGAUGUAGUUCUGCUUAGAUGAAUGAAAUUGUGAUCUCCUUGAGAUGUGUGAGAUUCUGAGAGACAUUGACAGUUUAGAUGCUGAGAUUUGAGAAUUUAGAACUAGCAGGUAUGGUUGUAGGUUAAUGAAUUGGUCACUCGUGACACAAAAUAUUUUAUUCAGAGAAUUAUGAAUUCUUGGAAUUCUGUCAUAGAAGACUUUGGAUGUUCAAUCGAUGAGUAGACUGAGAUCAAUAGAUUUUUGGGGCUCUGAGAAACUAAAAGACAUGGUAAUUAGGUGCAUGGGUCCAGUCUGCUUAUGUUCAAUUUAUAUGCCAAACCCACCAUUCCCAGAAAUCAAUCUGGCAAGCCUUUGCUUCACUCCCUCUCUCGCAAACAUAUCCUUUCCUAGAGAAAGACUAAAGCUGUGCACAAUAUUUCAGAUACAAAUUGGUCAUGACAUUUUCUACUCCAACUUAAAUCCUAUUUCAACUAUUUGUAUUAGUUAUGGCCUGCCCUAACUGCGGAAGACUCUAUGGUUCCUAGAUUGGCUUAUCAGUCACUAUUUCCAGCAUAUCCUAUUUUUAAUAAGAAUCAUAGAAUUGUUACAGUGGAGAAAGGAGCCAUCGAUCCACGGAAGUAAGUCAUCCUUGAUCCCAAGAGGCUACCAAAGAAAAAGUAGGGUUUGAAAAAAUAGCUUCAAAUUUUACUAAUUUACUCACUGGAACUUGCUGUCCCAAUCUCCUGGUGCACACUAAAGCCAUCAUGCACAAGAGAUCAGCCCACCCAUAACACUGACGAGACCAUAACCUAUUUUUGUUAAAUGGCACAUUUUCCACUUCAGGUUAUCUCGAAUCAUACAGUUCAACCUUGAUCAUUUUAAAUACCCGUGCCACCUAGAGGGGACAAAUGAUCAAAACCAUGUUAUAUUACAACUUCCAGCCCGCAUUCAGAUUAGGGUGUUCCCGUGUUAGCUCUUCAAUGACGCACUGUGAAGCAGGUCGUGAAAACUGCAAGUUACUAUGCAAAUGACGCACGGGCUUAUGAAUAAUGCAUGAGGCAUAUUCAGAUGAACGCUGGUCGCCGCUGAGGCGACGCGACCGCCUCUCUCCGGCACAACGCUGUCAUCAUGGCGACGGGCGCAAGCUGAGGAGCCCUUGGAAACUGCAUCACCUCACACUGCCAGUCUCCCCUCACUCGACAUUCUUGGCUCUUUCUGGUUUUGUUUUGGAUGCGGCUCUAACCGCAAUGGCUGAGGUAUCGUCGCCGGCGGCGGAGAUGGAGGCGGGAAAGCGAGCUUCCUGCUCGGCGGGGCUGGUCGGCGAUGGGGAGUCCAAGUGGCAGCUCGCAAACGUUCCGGCUGCCGGCGCCGCAGUGAUGGUGGAGCCGCUCUGCCCUCCGGCAAAGCCCGGCCCCGGAUGCAGCUCCAGCUCGGCGGUUGCAGGGAGGGGAGUGCGCGUCUUAAAGAGGAACAUGAAGCGCAAUGCCAGUAGGAGUUGCCUUGGAAAGAAGAGUAAUUUGGGUUUACGAGAGAGAGAGUGGCUCAAAGGAGAUGCAAGAAGAGGUUGUGUAUAUAUUCAUGGAAAGGAGAUGAUAUUGGCAAGUGCUUCUUCUUCCACCUCUUCCUCGGGUACAUUACUAUCGUCCACUUCCUCAUCAUCUGGCCCAGAUCUUCAGGUGGUACUCUGCAGCACUGAAACAACAACAGCAGAGCUGUGUACUCAGGAUAGUGAUGAUUUGUACCUGCAGCUCCAUGGUGAUUUCAUCAGGAGACUGAAUCCUGAUGAGAGGCCUCUGCAAAUCCUUUAUGAUUAUCUGUCUGGACUAGGUUUCCAGGACCCACUUCGGAUACAAGAGGAAGGUGCCAUUGCUGAUCUGAGCUGCAUGAUUAGAUACUUUCAUGGAAAGCCAAGUAGCAUAGAGCAACUGGAUCAGAUCCUUCUCUCUGGUGUGUUCAGUGUACGGAAAGGGAAAACUCAGUUGCACAAGUGGUCAGAACGCCAAGUCAUUCUCUGUGGUACCUGUCUAAUUGUGUCUUCAGUAAAGGAGUGUCAGAUGGGAAAAAUGCAUGUACUUCCUCUCACUGGAGGCAAGGUGGAAGAAGUAAAAAGACGACAGUACUGCCUCAUGUUCAGCUCUGCUGGGCAACAAGGACAAACAUACUAUGUGACUUUUGAUUCAUACCCAGAAUGCUUACGGUGGCUCAGACAGGCAUCGAAGGUUGUCUCACAGCGAAUUGGUACAGUUGAUCUGUCGUGUUACAGCCUUGAGGAACUUCCUGAGUAUCUCUACUUCAGUCAAGAUAUCACGCAUCUUAAUCUACGGCAUAAUUUUAUGCAUGCUGAUGCUGGACUCUGCAACCUUAACAGAUUUACUCAACUGAAAAGCCUGAAUCUAUCGAAUAAUAAACUGACAAAAUUUCCAGCGUCCUUGUGUGAAAUUGCAACUCUGACCGAAGUCAACCUCUCCUGUAACAGAAUACACAGCAUUCCUGAGGAGAUUGGAAACUUAUAUAAUCUACAGACCUUUAUUCUGGAUGGAAAUUGUCUACAGAGUUUGCCUGCAGAACUGGGAAAUGUGCAACAGCUAAUUCAUCUUGGCUUGUCCUUCAAUGACUUCAAAGAGAUCCCAGCAGUGUGUACGAUUUUGAAAGCUAUGGAUAAACUUAGUAUGGCUGGAAACCAUUUACAGACAUUGACAUUGGAAUCACUGGGACAGAUGACUCACAUUAAACACCUGGAUCUUAGGUUGAAUUCAAUUGAGUCAGUGGUGAUGGACAACCUAGAAGCUAUUAACCACGUAACUUACCUGGAUCUGCGUGACAAUCUCCUGACUGAACUUGACUUAAGUGUGUUUGCAAGUAUUGAACAUCUGCAUUGUGAACGUAACAAGCUGUCCACCCUUACAUUAAGUGGUUUUUCUCUGAGGACAUUGUAUGCUGGCUUCAACCAGUUGACAACAUUGAGCAUAUAUCCACUUCCUGGUCAACUGGUUCACAUUGAUCUCUCAAGGAACAAAUUGGAAGCUGUACCUGAUUGGGUCUGUGAUGCCAAGAAACUUGAACUGCUGGAUGUCAGUCAUAACCUGAUUACAGAAUUACCUAUGAGAUUAUUGUGCAGCUUGAGCUUGCAGAAACUGUUGGUUGGACAUAACCAUCUUCACAGUCUGCCAAAUCAGUUGGAGCACAUACCUCUGGAGGUUUUCGAUGUACAACACAAUCAGCUAAAUGAGCUUCCAGAAUGCCUAUUCCUUAAGGCUUUAAACUUGCGAUGUCUCAACGUGUCUGCAAACAACCUGGAAUCGUUGCCUAUUAGCAGUGAUACUGAAGAAAGUCUCAGUGUGCUGCAAGAACUUUAUUUAACAGGAAACAACUUGACUGAUAAGUGUGUUUCAAUGCUGACUGGACAUCCACGCCUUCGAGUUCUCCAUUUGGCUUACAACCAACUUCAGUCAUUCCCAGCCAGUAAGCUGUCAAAGUUAGAGCUACUGGAAGAACUGAACCUAAGUGGAAACAAACUGAAGGCUAUUCCUACCACCAUCACAAAUUGCAAGCGAUUGCAUACACUCAUUGUUCACUCCAACAACAUUGCAGUCUUUCCAGAGAUCCUACACUUACCUGAGAUCAAGCUGGUUGACCUCAGUUGCAAUGAGCUUACAGAGAUAAUGAUGCCUGAGACCCUUCCAGCCACAUUGCAGGAACUGGACUUGGCUGGCAACCCAAAUCUUGUUCUUGACCACAAGACCUUGGAAAUAUUCAGUCAUAUCACCACCCUCAAAAUUGAUCAGAAACCGCCUGUACCAUGUAGUGAUUCAGUUGGAAUUUCAACUCUCUGGCAUCAUGGCUAUUCUGAAAUGGCAGGACACAGAAAUAAACUCUGUCUUUCAGUUCUUGCCCUGGAUAGCUUUGGAGAUGGCCCAGAAGCAUUGUAUGGUAUAUUUGAUGGAGACAAGAACAUGGAAAUUCCUCGUUUAUUGCAGUGCACUGUGGGAGAUGUAUUGGCAGAAGAAUUGCAGCAGUCCUGCGUAGACACUGUUUACAUGACCCACACAUUCCUUGUCUCACACAGAAAACUGGGAAUGGUGGGACAGAAGUUGGGUUCUUCGACUGUGUUGUGUCACAUUCGCCGUGAUCCUAGUGACCACAGCAGCUACUUCACUCUUACUGUUGCAAAUGUGGGCAAUAGCCAAGUAGUGUUAUGCAGAGAUGGGCAGCCACUGCCACUUUCAAAGUUGUUCAGUCUUGGACAGUGUCCUGAGGAACUUGGAAGAGUGAAACAACAAAAAGCCAUUAUAACUGAGGACAAUAAAGUGAAUGGUGUUACUUCUUGUACCCGUCUUUUGGGCUGCACCUACCUCUUCCCAUGGGUCCUUCCCAGACCUCAUGUCCGCACCAUAUCACUUACUGCUCAGGAUGAAUUCUUUAUCUUGGGUAACAAGACACUCUGGGAAAAUUUAUCCUUUGCUGAGGCAAUAGAAGCUGUUAGGACUGUGCCUGAUCCUUUAGCUGCAGCCAAAAAACUUUGCACCCUUGCUCAGAGUUACGGCUGCCAUGACAAUGUUGGUGCUGUGGUAGUGUACUUGAGUAUUGGGGAUGACAACUGUACAUGUGAAGUACAUGGAGUUCCAUUAGCUAGUCCAACUGUAUUUGCUCCUAUUAACAUGUCAGUAAAAGAUGGUGCACAUUUUUCUGGCACCCCAUCGUCCAGCAGUGGGAUAGCAUCUGAAUUCAACAGUGAGAUGUCUGCUUCUGAAGUGAGCAGUGAAGUGGGGUCUACAGCAUCAGAUGAACAGCCAGCCACAAGCCUAGAAGCUGCCACAAUCCCUCGUGCUGAACGUCGCUGCAGCCUCCAUCCAAGUUCUUCCACCAGUGUUUUCCAGCGACAGCUAUCUAGUGCAACGUUCUCCAGCAACCACUCGGAUAAUGGCCUUGACAGUGAUGAUGACCAACCAGUAGAGGGAGUAUUCUCUAAUGGCAGUAAACUGGAAGUGGAGGUUGAUAUCCAUUGUGUCCAUUUCCAGAUUCCAGGAAACUCCAAUAUUCAACAAGGUCAUGAUGAGGGAUUAUUUGUCAGCCUGUCUGGGGAUGACAGUCCACAGUCUUAUUUAAAAGUACAAAGACAGAAUGAUAUAAACAGUGGGUCAUUGUUAGCAAUUAACAAAGAAGGAAGUGAUCUGAAGAAGUCUUCGUCUGCAUCAAACCUACAGGGUAAGAAAUUUUCAAAUGGAUCUGUGGUCCCUCUUGAAAAAAGCCACAACAUUAUUGAGGUGGCUACAGAGGCACCAAAGAAAAAAUGUGGAUAUUUUGCUGCACCUGCACAGCCAGACCCAGAGGACCAAUUAAUUGUGCCACCAGACCUAGAAGAGGAAGUGAAAGAGCAAAUGAAGCAGCAUCAAGAUCCUGUUUCAGAAGCUGAAUCUGAAAGAGACCCUAGAUUUACUCAACAGGAGGUCUAUGACACAGCACUGUAAUACAGUAUUCUUUCAAUGGAAUUACAUUGACAUUAUCAAAAUGAGGGUUAGGAUAGUACUAUAUUAGAUAUUUCUUGUACAAAAUAUAACACAUCAUCACUAAAUAUUAUUUAAAUUGUACAUAAAAUAGAUUUCAAGAUGCUUCAGCAAUUGUCAAAAAACAAAAUCUAUUGUGUGGUGUUGGCUUUGACCUAUUGAGAUUGUUAUCUUGUGAUGGUUUUAGGUUUUCAUUUUCAAUUAAAGCUGCAUUAUCCUUCUCAUAAUAUGAGCAAGUAUUUAAAAAUAGUUUAAAAAAACUGGCAUCCAAUUAUACUAGUGGUUGCCUGUGUAAAAUGUUUACAAAGUUUUCUCGGUUAAAUGAAGUGCAUCAAAGUUCAUUUUGUUAAAUUAAGAGUAGCAGCAUUCCUAUCUAGGUAAAGACAUUUUCACAGGUUUCAAGUUUUUUUGCACUUUUGUGAGAAAACUUGGGUCCCUUCAUCUCGGGUAGGCAAUUUUCCUUUACCUAAAAUCUGUAGAUUUUUAAAUCAGUAAUACAAGAAGCAAAGUGACCAUAACAUGUCCUAGAUCUUUUGAGAUGUUUGGUUGCAAUGUCAGUCAAGGUUGCAUGGCUCCCUCUGCCCUACUUAUAAUUUUUGCUGCUAAGCACUCCAAAGAACUGGGCAUCUACCCAGUUUCAACAAGGACAACCUUAUCAGUCAUCCUGGUUUAAGAAAGACGGAAUUAACAUUUGUAAACUUCAGUUUUAAGUUAAAGCACAGUGAUACUGCAGCUUUGAAUUUAAAAUACAAAGUUUUUCCAGGAGCAGAGAAGCAUCUAAGUAAAAUUUGGCUUCAGACUAUGCUUUGUUUUUAUUGCUUUAUAUUGCAAUAAAUCGAUCCAACUUUUACUUGUGCUCACAAAUUUCCUGGGAAAAAAAUUGUCCUCUGAUUAAUAGUUGAUAAUGAAAACUUGGCUAUAAUUUGCAUGUUUAAAAAAACUAAUUUUUUUCCCGUAGUUAUCUGUCAGGGAGUCUGUGGGUCUGCUCAGAGGAUUAGACACAUGUGCUUCAUAUAUUUAAGUAUAUAUUUGGUGACAUCUAUCUUGUAGUUUGUAAUGUAUUUGUCAGAGGGAGAAUAUUGGAAUAUUAAUAUUUGCGAAAAAAAUUCCUGAGUCAGAGGUUGUGUCAGUUGAAAUCAUUUUAAACAAAUCCA